UAGCGCAGCAAAACUCACUUCCUUCUACCAUAAAAGGAGCAAGAGUAAACCAUUUUUCAUUUCGCGCCCAUUCUUUGAUAAUUCCCCCCCAAAUUUUGCUUCCGAGAUUCUCUCGCUGCUUCACUUCCGAGAAACGGGUCUUCUCCAACAUUUUAUGCAAUAGUUGGGCGCAAAGUUGCUGCCGUAAUCUGCAAUUGCUGUUUUUUUAUUCAUCGUUUCUGUGACCAACAAUGGAUUCCGAGCAGCAGCAAUCCGCAAUUGAGGGUGCAAAAGUGCUUAUGGUGGGCGCUGGCGGCAUAGGGUGCGAGCUACUGAAAACCCUCGCUCUAUCGGGGUUCAGAGAUAUCCAUAUCAUUGACAUGGAUACAAUUGAAGUCAGCAAUCUAAAUAGACAGUUCUUAUUUCGACAAUCACAUGUUGGUCAGUCGAAAGCCAAAGUUGCUCGAGAUGCAGUAUUGAAAUUUAGGCCUGACAUUAGCAUCACAUCCUACCAUGCGAAUGUGAAGGACCCUGAUUUCAAUGUUGAUUUCUUUAAGCAGUUCAAUGUUGUUAUGAAUGGGCUUGACAAUUUGGAUGCCAGACGGCAUGUCAACCGCCUUUGCUUGGCAUCCGGUGUGCCAUUGAUUGAAAGCGGUACCACUGGCUUUCUGGGACAGGUGACUGUUCACAUAAAGGGUAAAACAGAAUGUUAUGAAUGUCAGAAUAAGCCAGCUCCAAAAACUUACCCUGUUUGUACUAUUACAAGUACUCCUUCAAAGUUUGUACACUGUGUAGUAUGGGCGAAGGACCUGCUUUUUGCAAAAUUAUUUGGCCCCAAAAAUCAGGAAAAUGAUUUGAAUGUUCGUUCUAGUGAUUCUUCAAGCUCAUCCGAACAAGUUGAAGAUGUUUUUGAACACAAAAAUGGGGAAGAAAUUGAACAAUAUGCAAGGAAGAUAUUUGAUCAUGUAUUCGGUUAUAACAUUGAGUUAGCUUUGUCGAAUGAAGAUACAUGGAAAUCUCGUGGCAAGCCAAGGCCUAUAUAUUGCAAAGAUGUCAUUCUAGCUGAGCAUGUUCACCAAAAUGGAAAUCAAGGUAGAGGCUCAGCAGCUGGAGAUAUGACAUCAGUGUCUGCAAUGGCAACUCUAGGUCUGAAAAAUCCACAGGAUCUUUGGAGCUUGAAAGAGAACGCAGCAGUAUUUCUUGAGGCUCUAAAAUUAUUUUUAUUGAAACGAGAAAAGGAAAUUGGUAACUUGAGUUUUGACAAAGAUGAUCAGCUGGCUGUAGAACUUGUUACUGCAGCGGCAAAUAUCAGAGCUACUUCAUUUGGCAUCCCCUUGCAUAGCCUUUUUGAAACCAAAGGUAUUGCUGGAAACAUUGUACAUGCUGUUGCCACAACAAAUGCUGUCAUUGCUGGAUUGAUUGUGAUCGAGGCUAUUAAGGUGCUGGAGAAUGAUGUUAAGAACUAUAGGAUGACUUUCUGUCUUGAGCAUUCUUCAAAUAAGAUGCUACUCAUGCCAGUCGAGCCCUUUGAGGCAAACAAGUCAUGCUAUGUUUGCUCCGAGACACCUUUGACGCUUGAGAUUAAUACACGCCAUUCAAAGCUGAGGGACCUUGUUGACAAGAUUGUGAAGGCAAAGCUUGGCAUGAGCUCACCCCUAAUCAUGCAAGAUUCCACACUUCUUUAUGAGGUUGGUGAUGAUCUUGAUGAAGGAGAGGUUGCCAAUUAUGCAGCAAACCUUGAAAAGGUGCUAUCUGAGCUUCCUUCUCCAGUCCGUGGUGGGACAAUUCUUACCGUUGAGGAUCUUCAACAGGAGUUUAAAUGCAGCAUCAAUAUCAAGCACAGGUUUGUCCUGUGCUUUGGCGAGUUGUGGCUGCUUUGGGAAGAAUUUGAUGAAGAGAAGGAACCUGAUGGAAUGGUUCUCUUCGGCUGGACACAAGCUCAGGCAGCGGAAAAGAACAGCAAAGUAUCAGCUGACAAUGGUGCGAGCACCUCUGGUGCAUCUGAAGCUGCUUCCACCGAGCCCGAGGAUGACGAUGACUUACAAAUCAUCAUUCCACCAUCAGUAUCAGGAAGGAAGAGAAAGCUAUCCGACGUCACUGCUACUUCAGGUGCUCCAUCUGCUGCCAAGGAACCAAAGAUCAAGAGAAAGGCAGAAGAGAUCGAAGGUGAGAAUGACAUAGUCAUGCUUGACGACGGCAACAAAGUGAAGAAAGGAGAAGCAUAGCAAGGCCCAUUUGGGUUUGUUAGACUUUGACGAGCACCCUCGCCCUAACUUGGUAGAAUACAAAGAGAAAGGUGAUUCUUUUGGUGCUUGUUAACUUGUAGACUUUGGCUUUUUUAGGCACCUUCGAUUUUUGAUUAGGAGCUUUUGUCGGAUCUAAAUGUGAAUGUGCAACUGAUUUUGCCCUUCUCCUAUCAUGUAUUCCACUCCCAAGUGCCUAAAUUAGGUUGAGAUUUAUUUAAUACUAACAAUUGUAAUAUUUGUCUCUUGCUACUAUUUUCCCACCAAAUAACUUGCAAAUUUAGGAAAAACAUGUUAUGAUACAUUCGUUCUACUACUUUGUCAA